AGGCCACAAAUUAAAAAAGUCUCGAUCGAUGAGGCAGUGUAGCUCAAGAUUCACAAGAGGAUUCACCUGGAAGUUUUAGUCUCUUUUUUUCUGUAUUUUUAUCCUACUUUUCUGCAGCUAUAAUAGGUUAUAAAGACUUAGCAGAGGUGCCUAAUUUCAAAUUCCUGUAACUCAUAAUCUUUGGUUGCCUUACUGUGUAUUACCCAAGUGAAUUGGUGUCCAAUAUGACCACAGUCUUGCUGGUCGAUCGAGGCUUUUUAGAAUCAGACCUUAAUAUCUGAAAUGAUAAAAGGAGAUAAGAAACCCUGAAUCGGAUGUGUCUUAUUAUAAAUUUGAAUUCACAGUAUUUUCUAUGAUGAAGUUUACAAUAUAUGGUACAGGAAUAAUGUCUCUGCCUCAAGCUGAGACAAGCUUCCAUCUAAGAUAGUAAAUUGGGAAAGACGAUCAACUCCAAUGCGUUUUCCUUUUCCUUUUUUUGUUUUUAGUAGCUCGCAAAACUAAGAAAAACUUAUAUAUACAAAACCUGUAAACCUCUUUGUUACUUAAAAUCCAAUAAUGAGAUAUAUUACCAAGCUAUUGCGGGUCCGGAAAGCAUCUGAUUCAGAGGAGAUGGCUCGGAGGUCAGAACAAUGCAAAAAUAUGGUGGGCCUCUCAAAGGGUGGCCUCUCAAAUUGAGAGCAAAACCACCUUAUCCAAACAAUUCCAGAGAGCACCUCACAAUUCAAAAAAUAUCUAUCUACACCUUUUGUCAGAAUAUACUACGGAUCGGCUACACACAUCUUAAAAAUUUUGCACUCCAUUUUCAGAAGCCGCUGCAUUCCUUCUGGCAAAGAAACCAAUGUCAGCUCUGCUGCUCUCCCCUACGAGCCAUAUCCCCUUGAAGCCAGAGGCAGAAUGCAUCCCUUCGCUGGAUAAAUGUCUAGACAAGGAAGAACUAAAGCAAGUUCAUGCCCGAAUGAUCAAAACUGGCCUCAUUCUAGAUGCCAUUCCAGCUAGCAGACUAUUGGUUGGCCUGUGUGGUGCCUCCGAUGCCGGCAGCCUGACCUAUGCUCUGAUGGUUUUCGAAAGAAUUCAGAAUCCUAACACAUUCAUGUGGAACACCAUGAUCAGAUCCCUGUCCAACGGUAGCAAUCCAGAAGAAGCUAUUCUCCUUUACUCCCAGAUGCUACAUGAUGCAGUUCCACACAAUUCCUACACCUUUCCCUUCUUGCUCAAGGCCUGUGCUAAUCUGCCAUCGGCCGCAGCCGAGACCCAACAGAUCCACUGUCAUAUAAUUAAGACCGGCUUUGCUUUGGAGGCUUGCACCACCAAUUCUCUCCUCCACGUCUAUGCUAAAUCUGGCAGCAUUCUCUCGGCCAGCCAACUGUUUGAUUCGAUCCCAUGCAGAGACACGGUCUCCUGGAACUCGAUGAUCAAUGGAUAUGCAAGAAGUGGCAAAAUUGAGAUGGCGCGCGAAUUAUUUGAUCAGAUGGAGAAUAAGAACAUCAUCUCGUGGACGACGAUGAUCGCCGGAUAUGUCGAGAACUGCCUCUGUAAGGAAGCCUUGGAACUUUUUCGAGAAAUGCAGGCGAUGGAUAUAGAACCUGAUACAGUUGCCCUCGCCAGUGUGCUCACAGCAUGCGCUCAUCUUGGAGCUCUGGAUCAAGGGAGAUGGAUCCACGCCUACGUAAAGAAGAAACAAAUUGGAUUGGACCCGGUGCUGCGGUGUGUUCUCAUGGACAUGUUUGCCAAGUGCGGCGAACUGGAUGAAGCUCUAGCCGUCUUCAGGAAUACCAAGGAGAGAAACGUUUGCAUGUGGACGGCGAUGAUCGCCGGUUUUGCGGCGCACGGGCAAGGAAGAGAAGCCCUCGAUCUGUUCGCCGACAUGGAGAGAACAGGAAUUAAGCCGAAUGGUAUCACUUUCACUGGAGUCCUGACAGCAUGCAGUUAUGCAGGAAUGGUUGAGGAAGGGAAAUCGAUUUUUGAGAGAAUAGCAAAAGACUGCAAUAUGAGCCCAUCGGUCGAGCACUAUGGCUGUAUGGUUGAUCUUUUAGGCCGAGCUGGGCUGCUGAAGGAAGCAGAAGAGAUGAUUAAAACGAUGCCUGUAAAGCCAAAUGCCGCAGUCUGGGGAGCACUGCUCGAUGCCUGUCGAGUGCACAGAAACUUUGAGCUGGGAAGGCGCGUAGGAAAGAUCCUGAUGGAUUUAGAACCGAAGCAAAGCGGGCGAUAUGUCCAGUUGGCCGGCAUUCUUGCAGCAGAGGGAUGCUGGGAUGAAGCAGCGGCGGUGAGGAAUCUGAUGAAGGAAAGGGGAGCUGCAAAGCUUCCAGGAUGCAGUUCUAUCAGCCUGAGUGGAUGUGUCCAUGAAUUCGUUGCGGGAGACAGGUCACACCGACAGACGGAAGAGAUUUAUCUCGAGUGGGACAAUAUUUUGAGGAGAUUGAAGAAAGGAGGAUAUGUUCCAUUGACUGAAAACUUGCUGUUGGAUUUGGGGGAGGAGGAGGAGAAAGAAACAGCAAUACAUUGCCACAGUGAGAAGCUGGCAAUUGCAUUUGGUUUCAUUACAACUAAACCAGGAGCAACAAUUCGAAUCGUCAAGAAUCUCAGGGUGUGCUCCGACUGCCACGUCGUAAGCAAGCUCAUCAGCAAGGUUUACAGUCGUAAAAUAAUCAUGCGCGAUAGGACUCGUUUCCAUGUUUUUAUGAAUGGGCAAUGUUCUUGCGGAGACUAUUGGUGAAGAUUAGCGAAAAGUAGCGCUUGGUUGCAUGGAACAAAGUUGAAAAUUGUGGCUUUCAUAUGUAUCUCGUUGAAAAGGGGUAGGGCCUAAACAUUCUUGUUAUGGGCAGUUUGGUUGGGCCCGGGGCCUUUGAGUAGACACCAAUGGGAGGCUAGUUUGUUUGACUAUAUUUACAUUAUUGGGCUAAAACUUUUAUAUAAUUCAUAGAUUGGAUGUCUAUUGCAUCAA